CGUAAAAUCCAACAUGGCGGAUUUAGGGAAGAGAGCUGCUGUUUCUCAACUUUUAAAAGGAAUAGACAGAUAUAAUCCUGAAAAUCUUGGUGCUCUAGAGGAUUAUGUUCAUAUUCAGGUUGAUGAAAACUUUUAUGAUCUUGAUGCCAAUUUAGCUGUGUUAAAGUUAUAUCAGUUUAACCCAGCAUAUUCUCAAACAACAAUAACAGCACAGAUUCUCCUGAAAGCGCUAAUGAACCUUCCUAAUUCUGACUUUAUUAUGUGCCGAUGUGUGAUCGACGACAGCAUUCAACAAGACCCAACUAUUCAGAAAGUUGUCCGUUUGGCUGACUUGCUGGAAACGUGUUCUUUUGUUGAAGCUUGGAAAUUUAUUGGUGAAGAACCUGGUAUAAUUGAUGGAGUGAAAGGAUUUAGUGAAGCUAUUAGAAAAUAUGUGAGUUAUGUUAUUGAAAUAACAUACCAAACAAUAGAUGUAAACCUUGUAACAGAACUUCUUGGUGGCCUUCAAGGGAGUAGUCUUCAAGAAUGGAUGAAGGGGAGAGGUUGGACAGUGGAAAGUAAUGGUUCCAUUUUUGUUGCCAAUCAAGAGGCCCAUGUCAAGUCUCGUAAUAUUGCUGAAAAGAUCGAUUUUGACUGUGUAGCCAGUAUUGUUGCAGCGGCAAGAUAAUCAGCUAUUUAAUUGUAAAAACAAACACACCAUAGUGACAUUAAAAACCGUGUAAGCACAAAAUGAUUUAAUUUAAGCUUUUUCGUUUGUAAAGAUUUGUUACAGUA